AUGAAUCUUAUCCGUCUAUGUGGUGACUAUCAAUUAAUUACCGAAAUUGUUCAAGGUGAUCCAAUGCCUGACGAUCCGAAGCCACACGUCUUUCGAGUAUACAGCAUGCGAUUCUGUCCUUUCGCUCAGAGGGCAUUACUUUAUCUGGCAAGAAAAGGAAUCAAAGCAGAGGUUGUGAAUAUUGAUUUGUCGAAUAAGCCAGAUUGGUAUUUCAAGAAGCAUCCUCAAGGAAACCUUCCGACUCUGGAGCACGACGGAAAGAUAAUCAUUGAAUCAACUGUAAUCGUACAGUAUCUGGAUGAACUGUUUCCAGAAACGUCAGUUCUGCCAACAGAUCCUUAUGAGCGAGCACAACACCGAAUUUUAUACGAGCAAGUGUCACCGGUAAAUGAAAUGAUAUCUAGUCCGUAUGGAAUGUUGUGGGGUGAUGAUGAAAGAAUUCAUUUGCAGUUCGUUAGCAAAUAUUAUGGAUGGAUGUUUCCAAAAGGUGACGAUCGUAAGGCGAAGGGUGAAGAGCUGAAGAAAGAGAUGGAUAAGGCUGAAAAUUUCUUGAAGCAUAAAUACUUUGGAAGUGAUCAAGCUGGCUUCGUCGACUACAUGAUAUUCCCGUUCUAUUUACGUCUGUCGUUCUUUGCUGGCCAACCGGGUAUCGAAUUUUUGGAAAAACAAGGUUUCCCCGGGCAGAAAUGCUAUCCGCGCCUCAGUGAAUGGUUCAAAAAUAUGAACGCAUUGCCAGAGGUUCUUGGUGUGCAGCCACCUCCUGAAUGGAUUGAAAAAUUCAUGAAUGGUUACGCAAACGGUAUUUCUGAAUGUGAUCUUGGGUUAUGA